UGGUGGGCGCAUGCGUAAAUUCAAUGGGCUGGAACCUGCGCAGCCCAGGGCUCUCCGGCUAACCUGAGGAUGGCGGGCACGGGGCUGGUGGCUGGGGAGGUGGUGGUGGAUGCGCUCCCCUAUUUUGACCAAGGCUAUGAAGCGCCCGGUGUGCGGGAAGCGGCUGCGGCGUUGGUGGAGGAGGAAACCCGCAGAUACCGACCUACUAAGAACUACCUGAGCUACCUGACGGCCCCGGACUAUUCUGCCUUUGAAACUGACAUAAUGAGAAAUGAAUUUGAAAGACUGGCUGCUCGACAACCAAUUGAAUUGCUCAGUAUGAAACGGUAUGAACUUCCAGCCCCUUCCUCGGGACAGAAAAAUGAUAUUACUGCUUGGCAGGAAUGUGUAAACAAUUCUAUGGCCCAGUUAGAACAUCAAGCAGUUCGAAUUGAGAAUCUGGAACUGAUGUCACAGCAUGGAUGCAAUGCCUGGAAAGUAUAUAAUGAAAAUCUAGUUCAUAUGAUUGAACAUGCACAGAAAGAGCUCCAGAAGUUAAGGAAACACAUUCAAGAUUUAAACUGGCAGCGAAAGAACAUGCAACUCACAGCUGGAUCUAAAUUAAGAGAGAUGGAGUCAAAUUGGGUAUCCCUGGUCAGUAAGAAUUAUGAGAUUGAAAGGACGAUUGUGCAAUUAGAAAAUGAAGUCUUUCAAAUGAAGCAGCAACACGGAGAGGCAAACAAAGAAAAUAUCCGUCAGGACUUCUGAGAGACAGGUUCUUUUGGUAGAGAGGAAGGCGAGCUAGAUCUCUACCGGUCAGGAGCUUGAGCUAGGACAGACAUCAUCUGUGGACAUCAUCAGUACUGAAUGUUUAGACACUGUAGAAUAUGAACUGUUUGUUAUGAAUUCUGUGUGUAUGUUUACCAAAUAAAAACAUUUCA